AUGGCCAACUUAGAAGGCCUCGGGCAGCUGAUUGCUCGACAAGAGGCUGAUGCCCCCCCAUCCUGUGCGACUGGUAACGACUACGAUGGUCGCAUCGGCCUGCGGGUUGCCGCACUCUUCAUCAUCUGGGUCACCUCGUCGAUUGGUGCCGUCUUUCCGGUCUUCGCAAACAGGCACAAAGGUCUAAAGAUCCCCGAAUGGGUCUUCUUCAUCUGCAAGUAUUUCGGCUCUGGUGUCAUCGUUGCCACGGCUUUCAUCCACCUCUUAGGCCCAGCAGAAGAAGCCUUGACCAACGAAUGUCUCACCGGCCCCAUCACCGAGUACUCAUGGGUCGAGGGUAUCAUCUUGAUGACCAUAUUUGUCCUGUUUUUCGUUGAGUUGAUGGUCACGAGGUACGGCAGUUUCGGCGAUGGACACAACCAUCCUGCCCACGGCCACAACACUGCGAUCAAUGGGUCCAAAGAGACAGAAUUGAGUAAGGUGGCGGACCCGGCACCGUACAAAGACAGCCCGUCCGAGAGUACGGCAGCCGCUGUCUUCUCACCAACGCAAGAAGAUCGACGACAAAGCACUCAUAUCCCUGGUCAAGACCACCUUGGCCAUAGACACGAACACAAUGAAAUCGAUGAAGCCGCCAACCCAUUCAGCUUUGAAGACUACAAGGCUCAAAUGACCGCGAUCUUUGUUCUCGAGUUCGGAAUCAUUUUUCACAGCGUCUUCAUCGGUCUCACCUUGGCCGUUGCAGGGUCGGAAUUCGAUACCCUCUUCGUGGUGCUCAUCUUCCACCAGACGUUCGAAGGCCUAGGCCUCGGAUCACGACUGGCCGUUACGCCUUGGCCCAAGAAUCGCCGCUGGACUCCUUAUAUCCUUGCACUGGCGUACGGCCUCAGCACUCCGAUUGCCAUCGCCAUCGGCCUCGGCGUUCGAAAGUCCUACCCACCUGAAUCCCAAACCACACUCAUCGUCAACGGUAUUUUCGACUCGAUAUCUGCCGGCAUUCUCAUCUAUACCGGUCUUGUGGAGCUGAUGGCCCACGAGUUCAUGUUCAGUCGGUCCAUGCAAAGAGCUAAGAUUCAGACAGUCCUGUUUGCGUUCGUAACCAUGUGUCUCGGUGCUGGUUUGAUGGCCUUGCUCGGCAAAUGGGCUUAG